GUACGAGCAUUUUCAAUAAGUUGUUAUGCCUUUCAGCCUCACCAAUGCCCCAACGACUUUUCAAGCGGCGAUGACCAACGAGUUUCACGGAAUGUUGGACCGAUUUGUGUUGGUCUACUUGGACAACAUCCUCGUCUAUAGCCGGACCUUGGAGGAUCAUCUCGAGCACCUUCGACAUGUGUUGGAGACGCUCCGUCGCGCCAAGUACAAAGCCAACUGCGACAAGUGCAAAUUCGUGAGUCAAGAGUUUGAGUACUUGGGCCAUUUUGUCACAUCAGAGGGCAUUAAUCCGUUGUCGGACAAGAUUCAAGCGAUCAAAAAGUGGUCGGAGCCGAAGAAUGUCACGAAUGUAUGUUCCUUCCUUGGCUUAGCCAACUACUAUCAACGCUUCAUCAAGGGAUAUUCGAAGAUCAUGACCUAUUUAUCCAAGCUUCAAUGCGAGGACCGACCAUUCCAUUUCGACGACAAUGCGCGGGCUUCCUUUUUGGCCCUCAAAGCCGCAUUGCUAUCUGCGGAGGUGUUGCGCAUGUACGAUCCGCUCUUGCCGACACGCGUCACUACUGACGCGUCCGGUUGUGGCAUUGGUGUCAUCCUCGAGCAACAUGAUGGUGUGGACUGGCACCCAAUCGAGUACUUUAGCAAGAAAGUGCUCGUCGUGCACUCGAUUGACGACGCACGGAAGCCGAAAUUAUUGACCUUCAUACAUGCGCUUAAGUGCUGGCGACAUUUUCUUCUCAGUCGACGACAGUUUCGAUGGGUAACGGAUAACAAUCCAUUGGUCUUCUACAAGACCCAAAACACAGUCAAUAACACCGUUGCUCGUUGGAUGACCGUUAUUGACCAGUUUGACUUCUUCCCUGACCACAUUCCGAGCAAGUCUAACCGUUUUGCGGAUGCUCUUUCACGGCGUCCGGACCAUUUUACCACAGUCUACUCGACUUUCGAGAUUGACGACGACUAGCGGGACAGCUUCAUCCGCAGCUACCUAGUCGACCUCGAGUUUCACGACAAGUACGCAAAUUAUUCCUCUCCCAAUCUGGCACCAUCGCACUAUCGGAUCCAAGAGGGAUAUUUUCUCGUCUACUUGCAGGGGAAUAAUCUCCUUUGCGUGCCGAGGGAUUCACACUUGAGCACGCGGCUUCUUGGCGAGUUCCACGAUGCUCCCGCCAGUGCCGCCAGACAUUUUGGACUCAAUCGUACGAUUGGCCGACUUCG